AUGAAAAUGAUUUGGAUAAACAAAUUAUUAUUGAUUAUUACUUUAAUAUUAUUAUAUUCAAUGAAUAUGAUUAUAGGAUGUAUGAAAUCAUCAAUGUUCUAUCGUACACCAACACGUACACGUUCACAUGUAUUUACUCCAGGAGAAUAUCAACCAAAACAGAUUGAAAGUAAUCUAGAAGCAAGUGGACCAUUAGAUACACGAGAUUUUCAUUAUCAAUUACCAACAAAACGUUUAGUACGCGUUGAUUCACCGCAUAUACUAUUCGAUUCUGAAGAAGCUCGUUGGAUGACAAAAGGUUGUCGUGAUCGGUUGAUCAAACUAUCAACACAAAUACAAAAUACAUGGGCUAAACAAGAAGUUGUUUUACGAGUGAUACGCUCUUGGGUUAAACCCCCACCAAAUUAUAAACCUCUUCCAACUGAAGAUAUUAGCAAAGAAGACACUGAUGAUGGUGAUUCACUGCUACUUUAUGAGAAGAACUUAAAACCAGAGAAAAACUCACAUAAUCAUGAGCCUGUAUUUGUAGAACGACCAUCAACAGUUUUCUCUGGUCAAAGAUCACUUCCAUUUGGAUCGAUUAAAUCAAAACCUUAUCUUGAUGCACCAAUCAUUGAUAUGACACCAGAAAUGAUAGAAGAUCAAUUUCCUCAGUCGAAUUCAGAUUCAAUGAAAAAGAUGAGAAGUCAAUCGAAUGGUUUAAAGUUUCUACAUUAUAUUCCAUCAUCAACACAAAAAAAUCGUUGGUAUUCAACUAAAAAUCAUUUAAAUUAUUUACCAUCUUAUUCAUCUUCAACAAAACAAUCUCUUUCAGUAUAUCCGAUACAUAGUCAGCGUGUAUAUCAAUCACCACCACCAUCAUCAUCAUCAUCAUCAUCAGCAGCAUCAGUAAAUGUGUACAAUUCUUAUAAAGUAUCAUCAUCCUUACCAGAUACUUCAUAUAACACUAUGAUUAGACUACCAAGAAAUGUUAUCUCUAGACUGUCUAAUAUAACAGGCAAUAAUACACUACUCAUCAAUAAUAUAAGUAGUUCGAAUAGUCUUAAAAGAUAUACACUUCAUAAAAUUGUUGAACGUUCAGUUAAUACAAUGUAUGCACCAAAUAUAGAUAGAAAAAAUUAUAAUUAUAAUCCUAAUAAUAAACAAAAAUAUUUACAGAAUACAAUAAUUAUGAAUGAAUUACGUAUGGAAGAAUUUCAUUAUGCUGGUCGAGCUGUUGAUAUAGAAUUGACAACACGACAAUAUAAUCGACCGCAUAAUGUUAAUUUACACUUAGGUGUAUUAGCACAAAUUGCCUAUUAUGUUGCACAUUUUGAUUGGUGUUUUUUUAAUCGUGCUGGUCAUGUACACUGUUCUGUAAAACCUGAUUCUAUCGUCACAUCUCAAUGGUUUGGGUGUUUCCCUGGUGAAUCAAAAGUACACAAAGCAAAUGGUGAAUUGAUAUCAAUUAAAGAUUUACAAAUUGGUGAUCGUAUAAUAACACAACAUCCAGAAAAUGGUUUACUCACAAGUACUUUAGUUUUUGGAUUCCUUGAUCGUGAUGAGCAUGCAUGGAGUCCAUUGACAGAAAUUAUCUUUCAAAUUGAUUCAAAUAAAAAUCAAUAUGGAAAAAUUCUACUCACUGAAGAUCAUUUGAUUUUUAUACAUGAAAAUUCUACAAUAUGUUGUAAUAACCCUAACGGUGAUGCUCAAAUAAUUACUCAAAAGGCUAUCUUUGCAUCAUCUGUUCAAAAUGGUCAAACAAUUUUUAUACAUUACGGAAAUGAUUCUACCAAGUUGAUAAAAGCUCAAGUGAUCUCAGUUCAAACUAUCAAGCCUAUAUUCAAUGAUAAUAAAGAUAUAGAAAAUAUAAUUGGUUUAUAUGCACCUAUAACGGAUAGUGGUACAUUGAUUGUGAAUAAUGUUUUAGUCUCAUGUUUUGCACAUAUUUCAAAUCAUAAUUUAGCUUCAAUUAUUAUAUGGCCAUGGAAAUUAGCCUUCAUAAUAUUAUCAAAUCUUUACUCAUAUAUUACAUGGUUUGGAUAUACUGAAGAUAAUGAAAUUCAUUCAACGUGUUCAAUUGGUGUUCCAUGGUAUAUUCAAUGGAUCUAUAGUAUUACGCAUACAUUUUUACCUGAUACACUUUUUUACAAAAGUAUAAAUAUUCUUACAUAA